AGCGGCGGAUACCGCCCAUGGUGCCCGCCGCCGGAGCCGGUUGCCAUGGUGCCCAGCAAAUGCCGGCCUGCCGCGGGGGCCCGGCCGGGACACUCCGUCUCGGCAAGCAAUUAUGGGCUUCAGUUGGUUCUCCAAAGCACCUCGACAGCAGAAAGAACCAAACCUCUUGAGUUCAGAUUACACAAAGAGCAGCCAUAUCUUCACAACAGGUUCUUACAACAUGAUCUGGAAAAGAACUAUUCAGGAAAACUAGAUGGCAGAUUAAGCCCUUUAGCACGCAGCAAAAAGUUGUAUGUCCCUGUAUCAACUAAUUUUGCAGAUAUUCCUAGUCUGGAGAUGAAAUAUGGCGCAGGUUCUCUGACAGCUUUUGGCGAGUGCUCUUUUCCUAACCCUUCAAAAUACAGAAUUCAACAGGGCUGUCAUAGCGCCGGUGGAAAUAUUCCAGAUAAUAUCACUUAUGGGAACGCUGCCUUUCCCCUGGUGCACCGUACUGCAGAAGAGAAAACCCAGCACUCGGACAGGUUGACCCUGGAAAGACAAAAACUGACGGUUUGUCCCAUCAUUGAUGGAGAAGAGCACCUCCGUCUGUUGAGCUUCCAGCAUAACUGCAUAACUCGGAUCCAGAAUAUUUCGAACUUGCAGCAUCUUAUUUUCUUAGAUUUGUAUGAUAACCAGAUAGAGGAAAUCAGUGGCCUUUCUACACUGAGGUCCCUCCGUGUCCUUUUGUUGGGAAAUAACAGAAUAAAGAGAAUAUCAAACCUGGAUAAUCUUGUAAACCUUGAUGUCUUGGAUCUUCAUGGAAAUCAGAUUGCUAUCAUAGAAAAUCUAAAUCAUUUAAGUGACCUGAGAGUGCUGAAUCUUGCUCGAAAUUGCUUAACGUACAUCGAAAACCUCAAUGGAUUGGAUUCAUUGACGGAACUUAAUCUCCGAUAUAAUCAGAUCAGAUUUGUGAAAGAUGUGGACACUUUGCCCUGCCUCCAACGUCUAUUCCUCAGCUCUAACAAUAUUUCUCGUUUCGAUGACAUUCUGUGCCUUGCCGAUUCUGCGUCCAUUUCAGACAUCACCCUAGAUGGCAACCCCAUAGCGCAGGAGACAUGGUACAAGCAUACGGUUCUCCACCAUAUGAUGCAGCUCCGACAGCUAGAUAUGAAGAAAAUCACAGAAGAAGAAAGGCGCUUGGCAUCAGUGGCGCUAAGAAAAGAGGAAGAGAAGAGGCGUGAGAGCCAUAAGCAGACCUUACUGAAGGAGAAGAAACGCUUGACAAUUAGCAAUAUUGCCCGUCAGUGGGAGAACCAACAGAAUCGUUUCGCCCUGCUGUCUUCCAGUCAAGAGAACAACAAAGAGAACGAAUCCUGCCAGAACAACAGAAGUGCUGCGUACGUCUUUCCUGAGGAAGCCAGGUCUCUUGAUUCGCUUCUGAGCAAAGCUACCCAAGGGCUGUCCGUCCUAGACUCGCACCUGGUGGAAAUCGAUGGCGACACUCUUUACCUGUAUGGUUCCGGAGCUCUGGAGUCCUUGGAUCGAAACUGGAGCAUUCAGACGGCUGGAAGUGUCUCCACAAUCUCCUUUAUUUUCAUAGACUUUGAUGAAAUUGUUCCAGUGUUGCCGAAACUGAAGAUCAAAUUUCCCAAUUCUCUACACUUGAAAUUCAAGGAGACCAACCUCGUCCUGUUGCAGCAGUUCAAUGCCUUAGCCCAAGUCCGUCGCCUUGAGCAGUUAACAGUUGAUGCUCAGGGAAAUCCAAUCGUCGCCUUCACCUUGUGGAAGUAUUAUGUUCUUUUUAGACUGAGCCAUUUCAGUCUGCAAAAAAUAAACGGGAUAGAGGUCACGCAGAAUGACAUGAUAAUGGCGGAAAGACUCUUUGGCGUCUUGGCCUACGUAGCGUCAUCAGAUGUACCCUAUUGCCGCCUGCUUUCAUUACUUGGAGACUGCAGGAAGAAACAAUUGUGUUAUCUUUUGGAGGCAAAGGGGAAGAAAUUUGGGGCUUUGAGCGAAGAUGACAAUGACCGUCAAAAGCUUGGAGGAGAAAACGCCAGUCGGUCGACAUUGAAUUACACCACGAGAGAUUCCCAGACAGAGAAGCUUGAGGAAACGAAGGACAGGAAAAACUUCUGCCAAACCUACAUUCAAGACUUAGUGAAGGAAGCAACGGACAUCAAUAUGAAAAACGAGUCCUUGCAGAAACUCUGGCCUCAGAUGUUCAUUGAACUUGUCAGGGAUGCUGUGAUCGAGAUACGCAAUAAAGAUUCCUACAUGAAGCUCUGCUUACAGCGGAUCACCGAUCAAAAACCCUAAAGUCGUGGGUUCCUCUGCAUUUCCGUAUCAUGUUGUCAUUUUUCACAAAGGCCUAUAUUGAUGCAUAAAGUUGCCAUCGCUCUAGGACACCUUUUAAAAUACCUGUAUAGGAAUAUUGCGUUGAAGGAACCUAAUUUUCACAGUAAAAUGUGCCCUUCCUACAUUUUCUGAUGAGCUUUCUUUUCUCUUGCUCAGAAACACAGCAGUGUGAAUGCGCACUGGCAGAAAACAGUAUUCUGCAGAUAAAUUGGCGUCUGUGCUGUGGCCUACUGAUUCUGCUCCUCUCUGGUUUUGUCAUUGUUGAUGGCAUGGUUUCUCUUUCCACACUAGAACAACACUCGCUUUAAGGAAAGAAGUUCCCCUUUUUCUCUUUCUGAUGCUUUGCCUUU